AUGCCCGGCCACCAGCCCCCGCCCCCGCUCAACUCCGAGCUGCUGCUGCUGAAGGAGCGUGCGCUGCACGCGGUCCGGGAGGGCAUCGUCAUUGCCAGCUGCACCCUGCCCGACAUGCCCCUGGUCUACGUCAAUAACGGCUUCUGCCGCCUGACCGGGUACGCGCUGGAGGAGGUGCUGGGGCGCAACUGCCGCUUCCUGCAGGGACCCGCCACCGACAAGGCCACCCUGGACCGGCUGCGCUCUGCCAUCAAGAACGGCAGGCCCGCCGUCGUGCAGCUCAUCAACUACAAGCGGAACGGCGACCCCUUUGUCAACUACCUCUCGGUCACGCCCAUCUUCAGCGCCAAGGGCAGGCUGUCGCACUUUGUAGGCAUCCAGGCCGACGUCACAGACCUGACCAGCCACAAGCAGGCUGCCCUGGCAGCCACGCACGCCGCCUCCCUGGCUUCGGCGGCCACGGAGGCCAAGAGCCAGUUCCUGGCGCGGAUGAGUCACGAGAUCCGGACGCCCCUCAAUGGGAUGAUCUCGGUGGGGCAGAUGCUGGCGGGGACCACCCUGGACCCGGUGCAGAGAGAUCUGGUGGACACGAUCAGGGUGUCUGGAGAGACGCUCCUGACCCUGGUGUCAGACAUCCUGGACGUUUCUCGCAUCGAGGCGGAUCGCAUGGUCCUGAACCCCAAGAAGGUGGAGCUGCAGAGUGUCAUCGAGGCUGCGGUGGAGAUCGCGGGCCUUCUCGCCGCCGACAGGCGGCUGCAGAUGGCGUAUUACCUGGCCCCUUCGGUGCCGGCGACGGUGAUCACCGACGGGCCACGGCUGCAGCAGGUCCUGCUCAACGUGCUGAACAAUGCCGUCAAGUUCACGGAGACGGGGGCGGUGCUGUUGGAGAUGUGGGCCGUGCCAGCGCCCCAGGCCGCGGGGUCACAGCAGUCGGGCGACCCGGCACGGGUCGAGGUCGGAGGCACGCGGUUUGCCCCGCCGGCCCUCGCCGCGCGACGGAGCUUCACGCUGCACUUCAGGGUGCAGGACACCGGCAUCGGCAUCGGACAGGCGGACCUGAGCCGCCUGUUCCAGCCCUUUUCCCAGGUGGAUGCCUCCCAGACCCGGGCUUUCGGCGGCUCCGGCCUGGGCCUGACCAUCAGCAUGCGGCUGUGCGAGGCGCUGGGCGGCAGCAUGUGGGCCGAGUCCCGUGGGCUAGGCUGGGGUUCCACCUUCCAUGGGCACAUCCGCAUCGAGGCGGUGCCCGAGGAGGACGAUCAUGCGGCAGCGAGUGCCAGGAAGCCGAGCCGGAUGCCCUCAACGGAGCGGCCCCCCAGCACCCCCAAGGGGCUGCGUGGGCUGCGUGUCCUCCUGGCUGAGCCAUGCCUGGUGGUGCGCCAGGUGGCUGCCGUGGUGCUGAGGCGUGCCGGCUGCACCGUCCUCGCCCCGGACAGCGAGGCAGAGGUGGCGGUGAGCCUGCGCCUGAGGAGCCCCGCCGCGCAGGGCGCCAUGACGAGGGCAUCCGGUGCGGCGCCCUCGGGUGCGGGGCCCUGGGAUCCGGCUGCCGGCGGCGGCAGUGGGGCGGGGGCCACCCUGCGCCUCGCGUGCGAGGUGGACGAGCUGGAGGUCCGCCCCACGCAGGCCGCCCGCGACCGGCCCUUUGACAUCGUGGUCAUGGAUGCCCGCCUGGACGGCCUGCUCCACCUGCUGAGCUGGCACGCCGCGCCGGAGGAGGCCAGCUGCGUGGUCGCGCUGCGCCUGCUGGGCCGCAUGGGGUACACCCAGGUCGAGACGGCGCAGGACGGGGAGCAGGCCCUUUCGUCCCUGGUCGAGGCGGGGGGGCCCGACGCCUUCCACGCCAUCCUCAUGGACCUCCACAUGCCCGGACUGGAUGGAAUUGAGGUGCUGGAGGAGGCGAAGCGGCGAUGGCCGGAGUUCCGGUCCCCCUUUGUGGCGGUGACGGCGGAUGCCUUUCAAGAAACCAGGGACCGAUGUGUCGCGGUGUGUGCGGAGUGGUAA